AUUCUUGUUGACUGCAGACACAAAAUUUAUCAGUCUCUAAAGAAGUUGAUUGCUGGCGAACAAGAUUGCAAACGAAUAUUGAAAAACAGAAAAGAAAAAAAGCCCCCCCGGAAAAGGAAGAAAAAGGAGGGGAAAAGAGGAACGAGGCCACUAUCUACCGUCGAGAAGCUAAGUGAAAGCUAUUCGUCCCCAUCAUGGCGGCCCUAGGAGACGACCUGUUGCGGAUUGUGAAUCAGCUUCAGGAUUUGGUUUUCAAUACUAUUGGCACAGACUCCCUCGACUUGCCUCAAAUCGUCGUGGUCGGCUCCCAAUCUGCUGGCAAGUCUUCAGUACUCGAGAAUAUCGUCGGCCGUGAUUUCUUGCCUCGAGGGAGCGGCAUUGUCACCCGUCGUCCCCUCAUUUUACAACUAAUCAACGUUGAAGAGGACCCAGCCGAACCUGAUCUACAAGCCGCUUAUAGAAAUCCUACUCAGGCUCGCCGUUCCGAAUGGGCAGAGUUUCAUCAUAUACCUGGUCGAAAAUUUACUGAUUUUGCAGACGUCAAGCGCGAGAUAGAGAGUGAAACCUCUCGUGUCGCUGGAAACAAUAAAGGCAUCAACAGACAGCCCAUCAACUUGAAAAUUUACUCUCCCCAUGUUCUCAACCUCACAUUAGUUGAUCUGCCCGGGCUAACUAAGGUUCCCAUUGGCGAUCAACCAGCCGAUAUUGAGAAGCAGACUCGGACACUCAUUUCAGAAUAUAUUGCUAAACCUAACAGCAUUAUUCUUGCCGUCUCUCCUGCAAAUGUCGAUAUCGUGAACUCGGAGGCCCUCAAACUUGCGAGGCAUGUUGAUCCUUUGGGCCGACGGACAAUCGGAGUCCUCACCAAGGUAGACUUGAUGGACCAUGGUACCAACGCCAUGGAUAUUCUUUCGGGGCGUGUCUACCCGUUAAAGUUAGGCUUUAUCGGUGUCGUCAAUCGGUCUCAGCAGGAUAUCCAGGGCAACCGGCCAAUGGAAGAUGCUCUCAAAGCAGAAACUGAAUUUUUCAAACACCACCCUGCCUAUCGAAAUAUCGCGAUGCGUUGCGGAACGCAAUACCUAGCUAAGACCCUGAAUCAAACUCUUAUGUCGCAUAUUAGGGAGCGUCUGCCUGACAUAAAGGCGCGCCUCAACACAUUGAUGGGUCAGACGCAGCAAGAGCUUGCGAGCUACGGCGAUAUGCACUUUAGUGGGAAAGAACAUCGUGGAUCCAUGAUUCUCCAGCUUAUGACUCGCUUCGCCACUUCCUUUGUCUCAUCUAUCGAUGGUACCUCUACCGAGAUAUCAACGAAAGAGUUAUCCGGAGGCGCAAGGAUCUAUUAUAUCUUUAACUCGGUAUUCGGCAGUGCGUUGGAGUCAAUCGAUCCUACUUCCAACCUUUCUGCCCUUGAUAUUAGAACCGCCAUUCGCAACUCCACUGGUCCUCGCCCAAGUCUUUUUGUGCCCGAAAUGGCAUUUGACUUGCUUGUGAAGCCACAGAUAAAGCUUCUAGAGCUUCCUAGUCAACGAUGCGUCGAGUUGGUGUACGAAGAGCUGAUUAAAAUAUGUCACACCUGCGGCUCGGCGGAGCUUUCUCGAUAUCCGAGACUUCAGGCCAAGCUCAUAGAAGUCGUAUCUGACCUUCUGAGAGAACGGCUUGGGCCGGCGUCAUCUUACGUCGAGUCUCUAAUUGCUAUCCAGCGGGCAUACAUCAACACAAACCAUCCCAAUUUCUUAGGGGCCGCGGCUGCAAUGAGUCAUGUAGUCACUAAUAAGCAGGAACGCGAAAGAAAGAAGUUCAUUCAAGAAGAACGGGAACGACGGGAAAAGAAGCGACUCAAGGAAUUGGGUACGAACGGGACGGAGACACCGGAGGACGAGGAAGACGGCAGCCACGACAAGGGCGAGGUCAUUCAAUCGCGGAAGCAGGGUUCCAAGGGACCCCGGAGUAUGUCGCCUAACCUCCUCGAGAAUGGAACUCCAAGCAUCGCCUCUGCCAUGACCAUGAACGGCGGGCGUUCCAACUCUCCUAGUCGGUUUAAUCCUCAAGCUAUUGGAAGUGCCCGGGAUUCAUUUUUAACUUACUUUUUUGGCAAAGAUGGACCGCAACAGUCUUCAGGGGCUGGUGCACCCUCUUCACUUCCGCGUCACGUCAGUCAGGGUGUAGAACCUACUUUUAGUCAAAGUAUUCGGCGGAGCGAAGACAAGUUGACUCAUCGACCUGCUAUCUCAUCAUCAUUGGUUCGUGAGGAUGAAAGCUCGAAAGCUGCUGGGUAUGGAUUUGGGCCGCAAACGGGUGAUAAUGUGGAGCCAGCCUUAAGUGACCGUGAGGCUAUGGAGACGGAGCUUAUCCGAGCACUCAUAUCCUCAUAUUUCAACAUAGUCCGCGAGUCUAUUGCCGACCAGGUCCCCAAAGCCGUCAUGCAUCUACUCGUCAACCACUGCAAAGAUGUGGUACAGAAUAGGCUGGUUAGCGAGCUCUACAAGGAAAUGUUGUUUGAAGAGCUCCUAUACGAAGACGAUGGCGUCAAAAAGGAGCGCGAGAAGUGUGAAAAGCUACUACAAACAUACCGGGAAGCGGCCAAAAUCAUCGGCGAAGUGUUAUAAUAAGAGCCCACGACUUACUGAAACCCGGGGCCUACUUAGACGGGGAAUGGACGGCUUUCUACGUAGAAAAUGCGAUAUCUGACUUGUCAUCUGUACGAUUAAACGAGGAUAACAUGUCAUGGAUUGGCUUCACGUGGUUCUUGAGGGCUGCUGGUUACUUAUUCGUUCGGGCGCGGCCACUUGCUUGAUUUGAAGGACCGGGCCGGUACACUCAAAAGCGCAUCUUGUAUAUACAGCGUAAACCAUCUUACCUAUGCUAACCACUCCUCUUGUCUGGUCUGUUUUCUAGUCCCAUUUCAAUCAUACAUUCAGUGGUUGCCGCCCAUUGCAUACUUGUAUGUCUAUCUAGUACCUAGAUCGGCAUCA